CAUUAAAUGUCAAUCAACUAUUGCCAUUGCACUGGAAAGUAACAUAGUUACAGAUUUACGUAACCACAAAAGUGCGAUACAUCUUCAAAGUUUGAAACGAACGAAAUUAUAUACUGAACAAAAUGUUGGGGCGUUUGGGAAAGAAGCACGUGGAGAUCGCAGCGUCUUUCGCUACAUCGGCUGUCGGCUUUGGAGGUGCGGCUUUCACUGGUCUCCUCUACUUCACGGACUGGAAGCUGUUCUGCGCCAACAUCCCAUUUUAUGGAGGAAAAUUUAAAGACGAAGAAGAAAAGUAAAUCAAAGUGACGCUAGUACAUUGUAUAUUUAUUUAGAGCAUGUAAUUAUAUUCAUUAAGCGAUGUUCAUCUA